AUUUGUUACCUAUCAUUACAUUGGACGGAAUGAAUAUAUUCAACCAAUGGAAUAAUCUGUAACAGUUGUAAAAUACAGGCGGUGCGAGUGUGGAUUUUAUCCCUAUCGGAAGGCCCAGCUGCUACUGGGAUGAAUGACUGUGAGUUUAUCCGAGUUGUAACUAAGGAGAACGAGGAAUGUUUCUUACUUACAAAGUUGAAGAAUGGUGGACAGGAGGGAUUUGAUCUUACACUUUGCUGUGAUGGCACAGUUUGGACUGGUUCAGUGUCUGCUGACGACCUUGACACAUUAUGCUCCCGUCUUAAGAUCCAGUUUAACAAAUAUGUAAAGGAAACCCUGAAGGCCCUGACAAACAAUGGUGAGAGUAAACACUCGUUCCAGUAUGAACUGAAGAGAAGUAAAGACAGUGCUCAAUUUUCAUGGAAGAAGCACGUCGAGGAUGAAAAUAUAACUUUUCAGCUCGGUAGUGCCAUGUUGAAGUCUCGUGUUGACUCCCCGCAGAUGAUCACGCAGAUUUACAAUCACUGUAUCGAGAAUAUAGGGGAGUUGAAGACAAGAAUACACAAUCUUGAAACAGACAAUCAGCGUCUGUCCCAGGAACGUAUCAAUGCUCUCAAGAGACUGGAGAAGUGUGUUGUAGCCAAGGAAGAGCUUGAAAAUGACCUGUAUUCAAAGUUCUCUCUAGUUCUAAACAGUAAGAAGGAAAAGAUUCGUCAACUGAAGGAACAAGUACAAAGUGGAGUUCCCUACAGUAGAACUUCAAAGCCAACAUUUGAAGAUUCUGAGAAAAUUGUGACUGGUGUGAAAAGACAACAAACUGAGACACAGGAAAGCAAAGUACAUACAAGUGAUUCUGGAGAAAAUACUGACGAAGAGGACAUACCCAAAUCAAAAAGGAGUCGUGUUGAGAAUCCGAAGAAACGUGCAUCAGGGGGAGAUGACUCUCUUAUACUGGAUAAUGAUGAUGAAAGUGGUGUGUCUGUGACAAGGACAAGACGACAGAGAGGCCGGCAGCAGAAAAAGCAGACGCCUGCUAAACCAGUCUUACCUAGAGUAGGAUCUGGUGAAACUACACCUGGAAGUGAAAGAAAAUCUCGUCUACGCAAAACUGGGUCGUCUACCAGCAACAAAUCAAGUGAGAAUAUCGAUGCUGAUGAUUUACUGGGCGACUUGUAGAGGACAUACUUCAUCACAGCAUAUCAGAAUAAAUAGCAGACAAAAAUAUUUUUAUUACAAAAAAAAAACAAAAAAACAGUUGUCACGUAAUAGUGUUAAUUUGUAAGAAUUGUUUGCUUGUUUGAGAUAUACCAUGCUCAUCUUUGAGUAAAGUAUUUUUUAUCACAGAAAUUUAAUGAAAUAUAUGAGAUUCUUACUGAGUAUUUCUAACUUGAAUGAAAGAAUAUACUAAAUUAUAUAUGGGAAGCUGCGUUCCCUAUUACAGAUCAAGUAAAGUUGGUCCUUUCUGGCAGAUUUUUUAAAAACACUAUAUUUUCAUAAUAUGGACAUACAAUGUGUAGAGUUUAAAUUAUAACAUAAUUAUCUACUUUGAUUAAAGUUAAGACAUGUUUAUUUUAUAUUUAAAAAGAGAUUGUAUAACAAUUAUCGAUAUUUUCAAAAUUGAGCAUAGUAUAUCUUUAAUAUAACUGUUUAUUUUACUUGACAACUACCAGAUAUUUGAUUUCAAUAUGAAAGUAAUAUGAAUUUUACAUAUAAAAAUCUUUCUUUAAAUACUAAUUCACCAUUUCAUUAUGGCCAUUGAAUUAAAUUUGCCAUUUCGGGGCUUGACCGCAAGACUGCAGUAAGUUAUAUGAAAUAAAGAAGGAGUUUCAACAGUUUUGCAAUCAACCCUCAAUUUGCUAUAUUUUGUUAUAACACAAGGGCACGUUUAGAGGGACUCCACUGAGAUGGUUUCUACAUCAUGUCACUGGAAAUACUUUUUCAUGAUUUGUAUAUUAUUAGAUGUUGGUCAAGACUUCUAGAUUAUUCACUCACUCCAUCUUUUCCUCCAGAAUAAUCAUUUUAAUUGUACAUGGUAUAUAUGCUUUUAAUUCAAUUUGGGUUAAGAGCACACACAAAAAAAUGAUUUUUAAUUGAAUUCUUAGUGUAUUUGUUUAUCAUUUUUCAAAAAAAAAAAAAUUCUGAUUUUAAUUGCCCGGACAGUUUAUCUAAAUAAGAGUUUCAAAUUUUUGAUGUUUUAAGGGUUUUUUUUUUACCUCAGCGGAGCUCCUUUAAUUAAAAUCGGACAUCUACUGUGUGUGAAUGGAUGUAUAGAUAGUUUGGUCUGACUGUGUAUAUUGUAAAUUGUGAUCGCUGGUUUACUGACCCACACUAUAUCUGAGAAUUAAUUUUGUUGGUACUUUUAUAUUGUAUUUUGUUCAUACAUCUAUAUAUGUCUUUUUAACACUUUCUGAGCUAAACCUCUUGAACGGACUUGUCAAUUGAACAAAACGCUUUAUCACUUUUUGGAGAAAUGCUUUUUUAGAUCGUCUGUUUCAAAGAAAAAUUUUAUUUAUCCAAUAUUUAAACAUUUGAAAAGGUAUCAACAUGAAACUUGGAAUACUUGGUUCAUGGCAAGGUGCAUUUGUUAGGCAAGGGGCAUAGUUCUGAAAGCUUUAUUUAGAAUUUUUUUUAACAGACAAGGAUUAACAGUGCAUGCGGUGCUCUUGUUUUAGAAAUAAUGAACAGUGCAGACCAUGAUCAGACUGCACAGAUGUGCAGACAGAUCUUGUUCUGCACUGGAUGCAAUGGUUGAAUCAGUUAACCCCAGCAAAGCUAUUAGGGCUACCAUAUUACCGAAUAUUGACAGAAAAUGUCAUUUAUUUCAUUUUUCAAAAUUUAUACAGGAUGUUAAUCAUGUUACCAUAGCAACAGCUAUAGAAAAUUAUUGUUGGAUGUUAUAAAUAACUCUUUUUUUUUUGUUAAAAAGUUGACUGUUUAUCAAAUCAUGGCUAUUUUUGGUAUCAUUUUUCAUGAACAGAUUCUUAAGAUAUUAGAUUUUGUUGUUACAAGUGUGUUAAUGAUGUCUCUGAAGUAAAAUAAAUAUUUUUUAUUUUUA